AUGUCGUGCUGCUUCAACCCCCAAGCCAGCGACAACAAGUUGCUGGCCAAGCUCUCGGCUAUCGUCAGCGACCCGGCCAUGGUGCAGAAGCCCAUUGACAUGGCGUUCAAGCACUUCGACAAGGCGCGCUCCCGCCGGGGGCGCGGGCGCUCUCCAGACGGCAGCGGCUUCAUAGAGGCGAGCGAGGUGCUGGCUGUUGCUGACAAGGUCUGCCGCGGCGCCGGGAUUGCCAAGGCGCCCACCCCGGCCGUCAACAUGAUUUUUGACAAGGUCGCGGGCGCGGACGGCCGGCUGGACCGCGAGGAGUUUGGGCAGCUGCUGACUAAGAUGUUUUACCUGGCCCAGGAGCAGACCAAGGAGAAGCUAGCCGGCGGCACCCCCGCCGCCCCGGCUGCUGCGGCCGCCCCCGAGCCGCUGGCCGCUGCAUGA